AUGUCGGUCUCGGGUCGGCGGCGGCACUCCUUGAGCAGUAGGCUCCUCCUGGUCGCAGCUGUACCUGGAGUUGACGCUUUUUCCUCUGCAGAAUGCUGGGUUGGAGGUUGGACUCCUGAAAUUUGCUGCAGCGCACCUGGGGCCAAGGGCAAUCCUCUUUGCUGGGAUUCAGUCUUCACCUAUGACCGAUGCUGCACAGAGACCGAGGAAGGCAUCCAGUUCGACUUGCGCCGCCGAAACUUUGUGGCGGACAUGGUUCGGAGGGGUGCCACGGUCCACUUCGACAUUCGACAAGUCUCCGGCGGGCGCACUGGGGCCGUCGCAUCCAGGCUGUGGGAAGAGGACAUGGCAGUCUUUCGCUGCACGGUCAUAGACGAGACCAAGUAUCCAUUUGCAGAGAUUAGUGUUCGUGCCAUGGCUGACCCGGGCGACAUUUAUGGCUAUGAGGAAGCGCUGCAUGCCAGGAUGCACAAAUUUGACGUCAAUGAAGUCCAAGUCCUUGAGAACGAGUACGAGGAUGAGUACUUUGCAUUCCCAGAACCGCCUCUGAGGUACCAUGUCUCAACUGUGCAUUUGGACGCUGUUAUUGAAGGGCAUAGCUUGAGCGGUGAGCUGCUCUUCCAGAUUCCACAGACACGCAUCGGGGAGCUAUCUGAACUGACUGCAGGGGUCCUUCUCGAGCUGCUAGCGGAGCAGCUGGAGACGGCGCAAGAUACCCUCAAACUGAUCCAGGGCGAGCACGAGCUGUCCAUCGCUGACCGCGUGUCCGGCACCCUAACACUCAAGCAGACCAUCCGAGACCAUCGUCCGUUAGUCUGUCGCAAGGUACAGGGUGAGAGGGAGUCCAGACUAGGGGAAGGCUCGGUGACGGUGGAUAUGAGCCGCAUGCAAAAUGCGCCCACAAUCCAAGCCCUUGUCGAAUCGCGGGAAUGGGUGACUGGCGGGGAGGAAGAUUGGCUCGUAUAUACAAAGCUCGAGGUCUUGUCCUAUACCAAAGGCGUAGAGGAAGUACUGAAACCCAUUGGGUACUUCCCUCUUGCACCUUGCUGGAAGCUUCCUGCAGGGAGCAGGCAGUGGGGUGGCGAGCGCAGUGAUGUAUGGAGCACACAUGUGCAGCUGCCAGUGAAACAGCUGUUGGAUGAGCAUGCGGCUGCAACCCUUGACCGUCCCUUGCCUCGCUACCAGAUGAUCGUAGACCCCAAUCAGUUCGUUGACCAUGCUCGUGAUGGUCCCGUCUGGGCACCCUGUGAGUUUGACAUUGCAGCAGAUGGAACUCCCACGUUGGUUGGUGGUAUGCGAAGUCACCAGCAUCCGCAGCUUGCCCAGCAUGUAGCUUUGCCUGUUCUAUCUGCAGCCCUUCCCUUGCUUGCGAAGCUGCGACGCCCACAGCUUCUCCUAGAUGAGCGGAGGCUACAGGUGGUUUUUAAAGCGCAAAGUAUUAUUGUUCCCGGUGCAGCUGGAGAUGGUGCAGAUUCCGAGUAUGUUGGGCUUUGGCACGUCGAUGGGCACAGAGAGCAUGUAGCCGCUGUUGUGCUGUAUUACUACGAUGUUGACCCCUGCCUACAUGGCGGAGACAUGGAGUUCUGCGGCCGGGAGCCCAUGGAUGUUCUUGGCGUAGGCGACUGUAGCAAUAAUGUGGAUGAGUUUAGCAAGGACACCCUUCGUGCUGCUUUUCGAGGUGGGGCCGUGCAUAACUGCCGUGUUCCAAUUGCUGAAGGCACCUUGCUGGUCUUCUCCAACUACCAAAUGGCACACCGUGUCCUGAGGUUGGCAAACACUGGCCCCAGGGAGGCCUCCCGUGACUUUGUGGCCCUUUUCAUUCUGGAUCCGUCAAUGCCACCACUUCGCCCUGCUCGGAGCCUCCUAGCCGGACCCUACUUGCUGAAGCGAACCUUGGCUCGCACUCGCAUUUCAACAUCAGAUAUCCUGAGAAUCCUGGAGUUCUCUGGGGCCACGGAAACAGAUCAGGCACGGAAAACGCAGCGCAACCAGCUGCUGUCGGAGCAGCUGAAACCCUCGGGCGAAUUUGCCCUUGGGAGUAAUGUGUAUGCAACAGGCAACGGCUGCUAUGCCAUGAUUGGCUGGUUGCACAAGCUGUUAGAAAGGGAAGACGGCUUCUUCACAGAAGGAUUGGACGACAUAAAGGCCAUCGAUAGGUUCCGUGCUCUGAACCUGACCCCGCUCAAAGCGGACCGCGGCAUGUCAGAAGUACUCUCCCUGCCAACUGAAGAGAUUGAACGCCGGCUCAAGCCAGAAGAUCCGCCCCAUGGUUCCGAAGCUUCGACUGACGGCGCUUCACAGGUGGAGCCAACAGAAACUGCACCACCCCAAGCUGCACCGCCCAUGAGAGGUGAUGCCCAGAACAGGGUCUUCUCACUGAAGAGUGUGCACUCUGCAGUGAUUGAAGCAUCGAGGCGUCAUAACUGUGAUGCUCACGCGAUUUUGAGCCUGGGUUUGGCACUCGAGAGGGUAAAUCCAAACUCGGUUUUGGCGGACUGGAUCAAGCUGCUGCCCCUCACGUUUGCAAACGUGCUUUGGUUCUCCGACAGGCCUUCAGUCUCUUGCUUGCCUAGCAUGCAAGAAGGUUGA